AUGCGUUCAUACAAUGUUAGCCACUUUGCUAAUAAAACUGUUGCUGCCCCCACUCGUCAUACCACCGCUACUACUGCUGAUGUUGCUGUGGAUGCUGUUGAUGAUUUCCAGUUGGAGGUCUCCUUUGCUGAGGAACCUGCUCAUGCGUCCUCUUUAAUUCUAGUCAGCAGAAUGCGUGAGUGGCGAGCAAAGGCUGUCUAUCAGCCAAAACUCCAACCUCAAGAGUAA